UUUCUCAACUGGAGAACGUGGAACAGUUUUCUGCUGCUGCUGCUCUUCACUCGAUCGACCAUGUUGUUGAGUGCCGUGACAAAAGCAGCCGCUGGCGCAUUAAGGGCCGUAAAACCUGCCCUUUUACAAAAUGAAGUCGCCAAAGUAUCAGCAUCAUUAUCCGCUAACAAUCGCAACUAUGCGAAGGCAGCAAAAGGCGGACAGGGUCGCGUUGUCGCCGUAAUUGGUGCCGUCGUCGACGUUCAAUUCGACGAUGAACUUCCUCCAAUUCUUAACGCCCUCGAGGUUCAAAAUCGAACACCGAGAUUAGUUCUCGAAGUCGCUCAGCACUUGGGAGAGAAUACAGUGCGCACCAUUGCCAUGGACGGUACCGAAGGUUUAGUUCGAGGACAAGUUGUCGCCGAUUCUGGAUUUCCAAUUAGAAUUCCAGUUGGUGCCGAAACAUUGGGACGUAUUAUCAACGUAAUUGGUGAACCAAUCGAUGAACGCGGUCCCGUACCAACUGAUAAACUCGCCGCUAUUCACGCCGAUGCACCCGAAUUCGUUGAAAUGUCCGUCGAACAGGAAAUUCUUGUCACGGGAAUUAAGGUCGUCGAUCUUCUUGCUCCCUAUGCAAAGGGAGGAAAAAUUGGAUUAUUCGGUGGUGCCGGUGUCGGUAAAACUGUAUUAAUUAUGGAGUUAAUUAAUAAUGUUGCAAAAGCUCACGGUGGUUAUUCAGUGUUUGCCGGUGUUGGUGAACGUACACGUGAGGGUAACGAUUUAUAUCAGGAAAUGAUUGAGUCAGGUGUUAUUUCACUAAAGGAUAAAACAUCAAAAGUAUCCCUUGUGUAUGGACAAAUGAACGAACCACCUGGUGCACGUGCUCGUGUUGCCUUAACCGGUCUCACUGUUGCCGAAUAUUUCCGCGAUCAGGAAGGACAGGAUGUGUUACUCUUUAUUGACAAUAUUUUCAGAUUCACACAAGCCGGAUCUGAGGUAUCGGCUCUGUUGGGACGUAUUCCAUCGGCCGUAGGUUAUCAGCCAACAUUGGCAACUGACAUGGGUACAAUGCAGGAGAGAAUUACAACAACAACAAAAGGUUCAAUUACAUCGGUACAGGCAAUUUAUGUGCCAGCUGAUGAUUUAACUGAUCCUGCGCCAGCGACAACAUUCGCUCAUUUAGACGCGACAACUGUAUUGUCACGUGCAAUUGCCGAAUUGGGUAUUUAUCCAGCUGUCGAUCCACUUGAUUCGACAUCACGUAUUAUGGAUCCAAAUAUUAUUGGCGGUGAACAUUAUAAUAUUGCGCGUGGUGUACAAAAAAUUUUACAAGAUUAUAAAUCACUACAGGAUAUUAUUGCAAUUCUUGGUAUGGAUGAAUUGUCCGAGGAGGAUAAAUUAACUGUUUCGCGUGCACGUAAAAUCCAAAGGUUCCUUUCUCAGCCAUUCCAGGUCGCUGAGGUCUUUACAGGCCACGCCGGCAAGCUUGUACCACUUCAAGAAACAAUUAAGGGAUUCCAAAAGAUUCUCGGCGGUGAACUCGAUCAUCUUCCUGAAGUCGCUUUCUACAUGGUUGGACCAAUCGAAGAGGUCGUACAAAAAGCAGAAACACUCGCCAAGCAGUAAAAAAUUUUAAAAAUUUAACAUAUUAAAAAAAAAUCGAUCUUGACUUUUAUUUCGUUUUUUUUUAAAAAAAAAAUAAUAAAAAUAGCGUUACAUCAAUUUCUUCAUUAAAAAUCUUCAUUCAAAAAAAAGAAAAAAAAAAAAAAAAAAAAAAAAAGUGAGAAAAGCCAAGAAACCGACAGUGUUUUCUUUUUUUUUUUUUUUUACAAUUCCGACGCAACGAUUAAUUUGCAAUCUGUUUUUUAAUUAAAAAAAAAAAAAAAAAAACAGAUUCCGAUGAAUGAGACAAUCCCUUUGGGGGGGGAUUUUCUUUUUUUCCGAAAAAAAUAAAUCAUUGCGUCGAAAUUUUAGUGAGAGCACCGAGAAAUGAGAAAGAAAGAAAGAGAGAAAGAUUCUCUCGCCAAGAACAAAAUAAAAAAAAAAUAAUAGAGAUGAAAAAUGUUAAAGUUGAUUUCUUUUUGACAAUUUUUUUUUGCGGAGGAUUAUUAUUCGAGACAGAGAGAGAGAGAGAAAAUAAAAAAAGAAAGAAAAGAGAAAAAAAAGAGAAGAAUUGACAGAAGAAAUCAACUUUUUCUGCAAAAAAAAAAUAAUUUGUUUUUUGUCUCUCAAUUAACAGAUUUAAAUAAAAGUUUCUAGCUCAAAAUAUCGCGACUCCAAUGAACGAUGUUAUUAUUGGGCAAAUACUGCGAGGCGAUGUUAUGUAUUAGAUAAAAAAUGUAAUAAAAAAUUUACACAAACAA